CUCCCGGUUAAAUUACCCAUAAAAAGGCAAAGGUCACUUGGAGAAGCAGGCACUGGAAGGGAAAAUGGUUGAGAUUUUUGAAGUGGGGCCAUGUGAAGAUGGAUACGAGCUGGGAUUUCUGAUAGGGCAGAGGUUCUCCCAUCUGAUAAGAAACAGGUUGGCUACAGAUCCUUCUCUUCAAAACCAGCUUCUUCCUUUCAGUCACUCCCCACAUGCACAAUCACUCAUUCAAGCACUCUCCGAGAACAACAGAAAGAAAUUCCCAAGAUACUGGGACGAGCUCAUAGGCACUGCAGAGGGAAGUGGCGUGCCUGUUCUUCAUUUAAUACUAGUCAACUUCAGGAAGGAGAUUCUUCCAUUCAUUACAAAAGCAUCAAGAACAAAGGACACAGAUGAUACCUCAGAGGAUUGCUCUGAUGUCCUUGUGGUCAGUGAUUCCAUGGCCAUUGCUGCACACAACGAGGAUGCAAAUGAAGCUUUAGCAGGCCAUACAUACCUAAUUAGGGGAAUUCUCUCAAACAGACUAUCCUUCAUUGCUUACACAUACGCAGGAGAGCUUCCAAGCUGUGCAUUUGGAUUUAAUAAUCGAGGACUGGCAUUCACACUGAAUUCAGUACCCCCAACUGAAGAUGAGAUUGUAGCAGGUGGUAUUGGACGAAACUUUAUUUCUCGAGACAUCCUCGAAGCAACAAGCAUUGAAGAUGCCUUAACUAGAAUACGUGCAUCAGAAGUAUCUGUGGGGCAUAGUUACAAUCUAAUUGAUCUACAGAAACGAAAGAUUUUGAAUGUUGAAACAGCAUCGAAAUAUCGAAUCUCAGUUUAUGAGGUUGGGCCAACACCAUUCUUCCAUGCAAACAUGUAUCUCCAUCUUCAGAUUCAGCAGGUACAUGAUGAAAACUCAACAAGUAGACAAAAGAGGGCAGCUUUGCUACCAAAGGAAUCAAAACAGGAUUUCCUGUCCCUUCUAGGAGAUACAGAUAACACGAGAUAUCCCAUCUACAUGACAGGUCCAACUCUUUGCACACUAUGUACGGCUGUAAUAGAUUUGGAUGAACAGGAGUUGACCAUAAUUGAAGGGAAUCCGAAGAAGAAACAAGUCUCUCAUGUCUUCUCCAUGUCUUCAAGUUAUCCACUGUAAGAGCCCUUUUACUAGAUUAUCUUUGGAGUUUGGAGUGCUAUGCAGGUUCAUAGAGGCCUAGCAUGUGACCAUCAACGCAUCGCAUGGCUGCAACCUGAUUACAAGCAAAUCAUGCAAAACUCUGAUAUUUUGAGUACCAACUCUGGAGGAAAAAUUCACUCUGAAAAUAUCUACAGUAGAGGAAGUUUCUACCUUCCCAUGGAUUUCAUAUUUGAUGGGACCAUCUAGUUCUGCACCUAAUGCCAUUAAUUUUGUCACUGUAUUGUUGAUGUCGGUCACUGUGAAUGAUAGUAGCGAAGCGCAUCCUGUCUGCAUGACAUGUUCACUGUAAAACCAGAUCUAAUGCCAUGGUCAAUUGGAAAGAAACAUUAAAUAUAUCUACCAUACAAAUUAGAGUAGUAUACUCUAGAUAUAAAAAUGAGAAUAAGCUACGAUUCAAUUUACUAUUAGAAUUGGCUUUUUGGAUAGAAGAAGAAAUAUUUAGAAAAUAGGGAAAAAGGAUAACUACAUACAAGGAGAAUGAGUCAUCCACUUAAAAGUCUCCAAAAAGAAAUGGAGGACAAAUAAAACAAAAGUAAGUUGGAAAUAGCUCCAUAAUUCAUUUGUAACAAAAUAAAGAUAUAACUUUAAAAUAAAUACAUCUCUAAACAACCAUGUGUCUUAGCCCACCAAAGAGGCCAAAGAAAUCAAUCUGUCCCAAGGUGGGUGAGAAGGGAAACAGUGAUGGUUGAAGAUCCUACUAUUACACUCCAACCACAAAACCCAUUGAGCAGCAAAAAGGCUCCUCUUCAAAGGAUCCUAGCCUCCUUUUUCACCCCAUGCCCUUCAAUGCAGAAGCUCAAUAAACACUCAAGAGAAGGCGGAACCAGAAAAUAUUUUUAUAUUACUUAUAUAAAGUUUAGCAUUUUCAUUCGUUUGCAUAUUACAUAGGCUAUUUAGGGAAUAUUAGUUAGAUAUAGGUGUUAUUUUGAUUAUACUUAUUAGUAAGAGGAUGUGGCACUCUGUUUUCUAUUGGUCAAUUAGACAAGCUAGCCUACUUGAAAUUGCUAUCAUCUUUUGUCCGAUGAGAGGUGGUAUAAGUUAGCUUUGCUACCUCCUUUCUUUAAGCAAUCAGCGAAGGAAGCCCAUAAUUGAACUAAAUCCUCUAACAAAACUUCAAAAAAAAAAAAGUGGCUACACAUGAUUAAAUACUUUUAAAUCAAAA